CCUCACAACACCACCCCCAAGGCUUCCAAAAAGAACACGAGCCCAUAAAUUCCUCCAUCUCGCGCCUAUAAUUUCUCAAGUUGAUGCACAGUUCUUACGCCCCCAAACAUUUUCCGAGCCUUUUCACUCAACUAUCAUCACAAUGAAUGCCCUCUUCAACUCGGCCUUGCGCCAAUCCACAGCAAUCCGGAAGGACCUAGAUACCUUCGCGGACAACCCGUCACCGUCCCCAGCACUUCUAGGCCAAAUAAACGCAUCCCUCACUUCCUUCUCGCGCACAAUCGACGACUACAACAAGCUCGCAAAGCAAGAGAUCGUGGCUACAAAGCAGGAGAAGGCACAGGAGCGGCUAAAAACAUUUCGCGCGGAACUAUCAGAUUAUAGGGCGCAAUUCGCGAGGUUACGACAGGUCAACGAAGAAAUUCAAACCACUCAAAACCGCACCGAGCUCCUAGGCCGUCGCCCUCACAAUACCGCUACGCCCGAGAACCCUUACGCAAACAACGCACAAUCAUCGCAGCAGCACUCGCCAUGGGCACCAAACCCCUCAUCCGCCUCCUACUCAGCUUCCCGCGGCACUAGCCUCGGCGCGGCGCCUUCAGAAUACGAUCGAGAGACACACGCUUUCCGCGAGCAAACAUUCGCCUCGCAGGCCAAUGCGCAUCUAGACGAGUUCCUGGAUAGAGGAAGGGCGGUACUGGGGGAUCUAUCACAGCAGAGGGAGAUGCUCAAGGGGACGCAGCGGCGGCUGUACAGCGUUGCGAAUACGCUGGGAGUUAGUGGGGAUACGAUUCGCAUGGUUGAGAGGAGGGCGAAGCAGGAUAAGUGGAUAUUCUGGGCUGGAGUCGUGGUGUUCUUCGUGUUUUGCUACUUGGUCUUGAAAUACCUGAGGUAAUGGGGGCAAGCUUGCUGUGGACCAUGCAUCUGAGAAUCAGAAUAGGCGUUAUUGGCGGGCGAUGAAAAGGGUUUGGAGUUGGGAAUGGUUUGAGGUUUGGUAGACAGAGGCACGAGGCCGUGUCGCUCAUCAUCUGUAAUAUUGUGAAGACUACGACGGUGGUCAGUUGAUGAUGGCAAUCGAAAGAAGCAUCCACAAUGACUAGAUUGUCUUCAGAUAUAUGUUUC